AUGCUUCUAGUUGGGAGCCUCGUGGUCCUCUGUGGGCUGCUGGCCCAGAGUUCAGCCCAGCUGGCUUAUCCCUUACCCCUAAGCUAUGACCUGCCCACAUCUGUGGGUCACUGCCGGCCCUUGCACCUGGACCAGAACUUCCCAUCCUACACGGUGACUCCAGCUGUAACAACAUACCCUACACACCUUAUUGCUGCAAACUUCAGAAAUGCUUUUAGCCAAGGUUUGCUGUCUGGGGGCAUUCUGGGCUUUCUGGAACACAUGCCUCUCCUGAGCUAUGUGAGACCUGCAGGAAGCAACGCCGGUGGUCUGGUCGGGGUGAUUGGAAGAGUGAUUUCCUCAAUCCCAAUCCUGAACAACAUCCUUGACAUAAAAGUCACCAAUCCCCAGCUGCUGGAACUCGGUCUGGUGCAGAGCUACGACUUCCACCGCCUCUACGUCACUAUCCCUCUGGGCUUUGAACUCAAAGUGAACACACCCCUGAUUGGAAGACUGUUGGAGUUCGCUGUGAAGCUGGAUCUCACUGCAGAGAUCUACGCAGUGAGAGACAUUCAAGGGAGGAGCCGUCUGGUCAUUGGUGACUGCAUUAACUCUCCCGGCAGCUUGCGUAUCACGCUGCCUAAAGGACUCAAUCUACUUCAAAACCUGAUAGACAGCCUCACAGACAUCUUGACUAAAGUCAUUCCUGGCCUGGUGCAGGGCGUGGUAAGAGAUCAAAGGGAGAGUACCCUGCUCCACGAGUCUUAGAGCUUCUUGGGCUGAGCUAAAUUGGCUACUCUAGAUGGGAAAUAUCCAUCCAUCAGUCCGUCUGUCCUGUGAUCCAGCCAUCUGUGUUACGUCUUUCCACACCUCCAAACACAUUGGUUGAUUUCUUCUGGACUGUAGAAAGUAUCCCUGAAUAUACUCCACCGUGGGCAUGCUGCCUCCCUGAGGGUCUCCUUGCAGGAGGUCCUGUGCCUCACUCCCCUCUCUACCCUGGGUCAGGUGUGUCCUGUGGUCAAUGGAAUCCUUAGCCUCUUGGAUGUCACCCUGAUGCAUGACGUUGCUGGUGAGUGCUGUUUGUCCCUACACACCAUGGGAUGCCAGGUCUCAUUCGUCACUUCCUCCUUGGUUGGGGGUGACUUUGUUCCCAUGAAUGAUCCAGAUGAGUCUGAGGUAUAGUUGGCCUCCUCCUCAGCCUGACCUGAGAACAGCUGGGCUGGCUGUAGGGGGAGACCUCGUGUUGCCUGACGUGUCUGGGCACAGUGAGCAUGGCUGGUGCUCAGAGCCUCGGAUGGCACUCAGGUUCUUCUGAACUCCUUCGCCUCCAGAUCAUAACUUUAGUCAUUUUUUUCUUCUAGAAUUGCUGUUGCAUGGUGUACAAUUUGUCAUUAAGGCCUAAGCCUUCUGUGAAAGGACCUGUCUCUGCUGUGGUGGUAAAUGCUUCUCUCAUUUCCCAGGAUCUGUAGACUAGCUGUCAUCCUCUAGGACAGGGAAGCCAGGCUCUUGAGACAACAGCACCCACAGCAGCUCUCCCGGCAGCACCGCUGUGGGCACAAAGCCUUUAACGUGGGCUUCAGGAGAGGAUGUUAGAUUCAAGCUAUAGCACCAAUAUGCCAGGAGAGAGACAAACAUGGAUGUAGACACACAGAGAUGUGUGAAGUCCAUGGAGUAACUGACAGAUGUGGAGAUGGACCAGAACCAAAGCAAUCCAGCUUCAAAGAGAAACAUAUGUGAUCACAGGCACACAAUCAAUCACAUAGACUUGGCAGUCAAACACUCAUCCACACAGGCACACAUACACAGACUCACUAGUCAAGUCCCCGUGAGUACACAGACACACACUCAUAUACAUACACAAGUAAGCCAUCAAGACAUAGCCUUGAGUCUCAGCAUGCCCCUGUCCCUCGGAGUGCCAGGUGAUAAUGGAACGGUAUCAGUGAGAGUCACCAACCUCAAGUCUCCCUGCUGAUUGAACUCUUCUCCCAACAGAACCACUUCUUGCUGCUCUGUCCACUUCCUCCUGCCCAGCUUCCCAUGGCUCACAGAAGGGGUCCCAUGUCCUGGAAAAUGCCAUGACCAUCUUCUCAAGAAACCCGCUCUCCUUCUUUCUGAGAUGAAUAGUCUGUGUUCAUAACUAAAUAAAAUGGCUCUGAUUCUACACUGGGGUCUUAUGUUCCUCCCAUCUCUUGAGGCUUUAGAGGCUGGUGACAUAGCUAUACCAGAGCUGGACCUCACAUCACAGAACUGAAUGGUCCUGAAGAGCUGAGGGCUGGGGUUCAGAUGACUGCCCUUCUGUCCUUACAAAGUGCCCAUGAGGAAGCUGGGAGUGGAUAAAUAUCCACGCAUAGAUGUUCACACACACGGUGCUGUUACUCAAAAAGUGGAGUAGCAGAUUGAAGAGUUAGCCAAGAGCUGGGCAUGGAAGGAGGUGUGUAAGGACAUAUAUGGCUCCAGUCUGCAUCUCAGGCUAGGGAUCCAGCUGUCUUACCCAAGGAUAAAAUUGCUGUAAUAAAAUACCAUGACCAGGGCCUGGAGAGAUGGCUCAAUGGUUAAGAGCAUUGCUGCUCUUGCAAAGGAUUUGUGGCAUCCACAUGAUGACCCACAACCAUCUAUAACUACACUUCCAGGAGACUUGGUGCCCCCUUCUGGCUUCUGGCGGCACCAGGCAUGCACAGGGUACACAUAUGUACAUGCAAGCAAAACACUCCUAUAGAUAGAUAGAUAGAUAGAUAGAUAGAUAGAUAGAUAGAUAGAUAGAAGAUUUAAAAAAAAAAACAUGAUCAAAAGCAAAAGCCGCUUGGAAAGGAAAGGGUUUCUUUCACUCCACAGCUUAUAGCUCCAUCCCUGAAGGAAGCCAGGGAAGGAACUCAAGGGAGGAAUCUGGAAGCAGGAAGUGAAGCAGAAGCCAUGGAAGAACACUGCCUACUGCACAGCUCCUCAGCCUC